AUGUGGGGCCUCCAACGACCUCACUCCAUAAGUAGUAGGCCAACACACAGUCACGACUUCAAUUACACAUCUGGUUGCUGGCUUAUCAUUGAGGCGCACCAACUCGAAAGGCGCCACAUCAGGUUUGACGUUCCAGCGCUGCAGGGCAUUGCUGGCCAAUUGAUCGGAAGUCGAUGUGUUCGAAUGUACAAGAUACCAGAAGGGCUUUUCAACAAGGUGUUUUCCUUGCACAUGGAGACUGGCAAGGAGAUCUUGGCGAGAAUUCCGAACCCGAAUGCCGGCCAUCCGCAUUAUAUGGUGGCCAGUGAAGUCGCAUCACUUGACUUUCUGCGAAAUGUUCUCGAAAUACCGGUUCCCCGUGUACUCGCGUGGAGCUCUUCGUCGCAACCAAACCCCGUCGGUGCUGAAUAUAUCCUAAUGGAGAGGGUAGAAGGGCGGCAGCUCGGCGAGAUCUGGGAUGAUAUCUUAUACUACCGAAGUACAUUUCCACAAGGAAGAAGUAUUGUCGCCAUGGAAGGAGCAAAUCUAGAAGGUCAAUCGAAAUGUGUUCUCGGUCCAACGACACAGCGGUCCUUCUGGGAGAACGAAAUGCAAGCCAUGGAGAUUGACAGGGGCCCUUGGGCAACGGCACAGGAGUACCUUGCAGCCGUCGCAAGCCGUGAAAUAGCACGUAUACAGAAUGCACAUAGCGGACUCCGUAAUGUCACUGUGCCCCCAGGCAAAACACAACAAAAGCGCGAUAAUCAUAUAAAGCUCCUCGGGCAAUUCCUAGCGGUGCUUCCUCAUAUCCUACCACCAGCAGAAAUCCUUUCUCCGGUCCUACUGCACCCUGAUCUUCAUUCGGACAACAUUUUCGUUGAUGCGUCCGAUCCUACUCAAAUAUCGAGUAUAAUCGAUUGGCAAGCAGUCCACGCCGCCCCAUUGUUCAUGCAGACGAAAUUCCCUUCGAUCUUCAACUGCGACGACAUAUACCCUUGGGGUGCGGUGCAGCCCCAACUCCCCAACGAUUACGAUUCCCUCUCGCAGGAAGCAAAAAAGCAAGCCGAAGACAAGGUUGAUAGGCUCCGGCUGAAAAAGUUCUACGAGCUGGCCUCACGAACAUUCAACCCCGCUCUUAUUCAUGCCAUGGACCAGAUGAGAAACGAGAAUGAUCCUACCACUUUUAUCUUUUACAUUGUCGGUCAGUCCUUCGAGGACGGUCCCCUCCCAUUAACGGAACUCCUAAUACAGGUGUUUGAAAAAUGGGACCAGAUCACGGAACGACGAGGUUCCAGAGAACCAUGUCCCAUCUCCUUUUCGAGACAGGAGAUCGAUGAGAGUCGGCGUCAAAUCGAAGCUUGGGCAGCCGCAUUCGGUGACUUUAAGUGUUUGCGUGCGGAACUUCUUGGGGAAGAUGGCUGGGUUUCGCAUGACGAUUACGAGGAAGCUAUGGGCAGGUGGGAGGAACACAAGACGACUUUGGAAACUCUACGCAAGCGAUUGGAAACUCUCUGCUAG